AUGAUGCAGGACGUGUCCAGCUCGCCAGUCUCCCCAGCCGACGACAGUCUGAGCAACAGCGAGGAAGAGCCCGACCGGCAGCAGCCUAGUGUGGGCGGCAAGCGCGGGGGGCGUAAGCGGAGGUCCAGCCGAAGGAGCGGCGGAGGAGGCGCGGGCGGAGGAGGCGGCGGAGGCGCCGGAGCGGGCGGCGGCGCGGGAGGCGGCGGGGGCGGAGGAGUAGGUGCAGGGGACGACCCGGGCAGCCCGGCCCAGGGCAAGAGGGGCAAGAAAUCGGCAGGCGCGGGCGGCGGGGCCGGCGGCGGCGGGGGCAGCAGCAGCGGCGGCGGCAGCCCCCAGUCCUACGAGGAGCUGCAGACCCAGCGGGUCAUGGCCAACGUGCGCGAGCGACAACGCACUCAGUCGCUCAACGAGGCGUUCGCGGCGCUGCGCAAAAUCAUCCCCACGCUGCCCUCCGACAAGCUGAGCAAGAUCCAGACUCUCAAGCUGGCCGCCAGGUACAUCGACUUCCUCUACCAGGUCCUGCAGAGCGACGAGCUCGACUCGAAGAUGGCCAGCUGCAGCUACGUGGCCCACGAGCGCCUCAGCUACGCCUUCUCCGUGUGGCGAAUGGAGGGCGCCUGGUCCAUGUCGGCGUCCCACUAGCGGCAGCGGCCGCCACUCGGCUCGGGCAGGCCAUGAGACCCAGAUGGCAUUGCUUCCAGAGAAGGAGAAAAUGGACAGUCUAGAGACUCUGGAGCGGGAUAAUUACAAAUAGUGAUAAUAAUAAUUACAGAACGCCAAGGAUUUUCUUGAAAAUUGCAAGAACUAUUCUCAAACCCAAAGCAUCCAGGCAUGGGGAGCAAUUAAGAGGCCAGGGGCUUUGGACACGGCCUCCCAGCUGGGCAGCGGGCAAGCCAUCCUCACACCUCUCCAUUCUGAUAGAAGUCUGAACAGUUGUUGUCGUUACUUGACGAAGAAUGUUUUUUUUUUAUUUUAAUUUUUUCCCAUGCAUGCAUUGUCAAGAGGUUGUGCCUGCCAGCCACAGAAAGAAAGGUACUCAAUGUGAAUGGUCUCCAUUUUAAAAUGGUAACAACCAGAGGAAAUGAAAAG